AUGGCCAAGAAGAAAGCAACGCCGCCUCCGCCGGAGCCUAAAGGCAAGAAGAACCAAAAGGGAAAAGCCGUUGAGCCUCCUCCAGUUAAGGGAAAGAAGAGCAAGAGCAGCACCCCAGAAGUCACGAAUGAAGACCCCCAAAAACCUCAGCGUGGGUUGGCAAUCGGUGACAAUUUCGGCUGGACGGGCAAGCUCCCGGCAACUUUGCUCUUUGAGUUUGCCCAGAAGCAGAAAUGGAACAAGGUCAUCAUGGACAUGAAGAAAACACCCAAAGGCUUCAUAGGUAUAGCCAACCUCAGCUGGGAGAAUCCCAAGACCAAAGAAGUCAUCCACGUUAGAAUGAUGCCCGAUACCCUGAUUCUUCCACCUCGAGAGACCACCAACGAAGCCAGGCAUUUUGCAGCCACUUAUGCCAUGCACAGAAUCAACUACGUGAAAAACCUACGAAUGGUGCUUCCUAUCAUUUUCAGAGACUACUGGCUGGACUUGGAGAAACAGAGGCAGGAGGUACUCAAGAGGAGCAAAGCUGAGCAUGAUAGAAUAUACAACGCCAAUCCGUUUCAAGUCGUUUUGGACGAUAAGGCGAAUGCUGAAAAGAAGGCUAAAGAGAGGGAAGCCAAGGCUAAUAGCGAGGCCAAGAUCAACGCACCAAAGGCCAGUAUUUCAAUCGGCACGCCGAAAGUUUCAAAGGACAAAAAGCAGGAGAAUCGAAUCAGCAAACCUCGUCUGACGGUCAACCUUCCUAGUUUCCCUAGAAAAGCAUGGGAAAAUGCUCCCUUUAUAGACUUCCCCAUAGAUGUCAGGACAUCGGUUGAAAGGCAGAUCAGGGAUCAUAUUUCGUGGGUGGAGGACGAAGAGGAUGCCCUGGAAAGUGAUAAGCUCAGGCUGCAAUGGAGAACUGACCUCACUGGCUUGGGAUUCAGGCAAAGUCAUGUGAAUGAGGCACUUUCUUACACACAUUCAUUUACAGAUGCUUUGGAGUGGCUAUUGUUUCACAUUCCUGACGACGACUUGCCUGUUUUCUUUGCUAAGAGGGACGAGGACUCCAGUGUUUCUCUUAAGAUCUCAAAGGAUAUCCAGACCGAAUAUGUACUUCAGAGACUAGCCCAGUCGGGUUGUGACAAGGACGAUAUUAUGGAGACGUACCAGGAAUGUGAGGGCAAUGAAGUCGAAACAGCAAUACGGUUGUGCUACAAUAGCAUCGAAUAUUCCUCCGAUGCUACUCCAGAUCCAAAUGCUUUGUCCACUUGGGUAGAAGAGCUCGAGAGUAUCGACAUGAUAGGCUCUAACGAGGUCAAAUUUGCUGACCAGGAAAAAAGGACCGUCACACUUAGCCUCAAUGUUGAAGGAGUGGAACAAGGCAUGCUUCUGGUGAAGCUUUUCAUGCCCGAGGCCUACCCCAAUGCCCUUCCUGGUGUGCAAAUCGUCAUCAACAAUCUGUCGUUUAAGUUGGCCAAUUACAUCAAAUUGGCAAUCGUUCGCCAGCUCCUUGGACAUGUCCUCGAAGGAAGGCUCCUUGGUGAAUGUUUUAUUUAUUUCAUGAUAGAGUGGCUUGAGUCUAAUAUCGGGAAAGUGAUACAGAACCCGGGGCCAUUGAGUGCCACAUCAGCUGCACAGGCUACGGGCGAAAGCCUGCUAAGCCAGAAGAAGAAAAAGAAGAGAUAUUCGAAUCGUGAGCAACUUGUUCUUACUGAGGAUGAUCUCAAGGAAAUCCAAAAUGCAUACCAAAGGAAAUCAACGCUGGCUGAACUCAAGCGUUCAAUUGGUGAUCGUUCCAAGCUUCCGGCCUGGCAGAAGAAGGACCAAUUAGUGGAAGUCAUUAACUCUAAUAAGGUUACUUUGGUCACUGGUGAGACUGGUUCUGGUAAGAGUACUCAGAUUGUUCAAUUUAUUCUCGACGACUUGAGCGCCAAGGGUAAUUUCAAGAGCACCAUCAUCUGCACUCAGCCCAGAAGAAUUUCCACCAUCGGUUUAGCUGACAGAAUUUCAGAAGAACGAAUUCUGGCUGUUGGAAAAGAAGUGGGAUAUGUGAUUCGUGGAGAAAACAAGACUUGCAAAACGACCCGUCUUCUGUUUGUCACUACAGGUGUUCUUUUAAGAAUGCUCCAGUCAUUUUUGUCUAAUGAUAAGGCCAGUGAAGCUUCCAUUUUUGACAGACUUGAGUACAUCUUCAUCGAUGAGGUGCAUGAGAGAUCUGUUGACAGUGACUUCCUCCUCAUUAUCUUGAAGAGAAUCAUGAACAAAUUUCCCAACUUGAAGAUAGUGCUCAUGUCGGCCACGAUCAACACCGAAUCGUUCGUGAAGUUUUUCCCAACCAAGGUAAACCAUAUUCAUAUCGAGGGCAGAACAUUCCCCAUCGAGGAUCACUAUCUUGACGCUGUACUCAGCGACCUAGAUUAUAGUGUCACAAAUUACUAUGGCGAGGUGAUCAAACCCAAGGCCGACUCACACUACUUCAAGACAGGCACGGCCAACUAUGACCUCGUUGCCAAACUCAGUGUCAUGGUUGACAAGAGACUACUGGAUGAGAGGAACACUGGCUCCAUUUUGAUCUUCUUGCCUGGUAUCAUGGAGAUCAACAAGUGUAUCCGAAAGAUUGAGGACGAAUAUACCUCUAAAGGUUUGGACUGCUGGUGUCUUCCCCUCCACUCGACGCUUUCAUCCAAGGAUCAAACCAGAGUGUUCAAGAAAGCACCUAAUGGGAAACGAAAGAUCGUGGUUUCUACAAAUAUUGCCGAAACGUCCAUCACCAUUCCCGACUGUGUUGUUGUCAUCGAUAGCGGCCGUUCCAAAAGUGUCUUCUUUGAUCCCCAGGCUAACGUUUCCAAACUUGUGGAGAGCUGGUGCUCUCGAGCUGAAAUGUCUCAGAGAAGAGGUCGUUCUGGUCGUAUCCAAAACGGCACAUGCUACCAUUUGUACACAAAAGACACUUUUGAUCUGGUGCUAGCACAGCCAGUUCCUGAAAUCAAGAGGGUCAGGUUGGACAACUUGUACUUGGUUGUGAAGGCCAUGGGUAUCAAGAAGGUUGAUGAAUUCUUGAACAGUGGUCUUGAUCCACCUGACGUUCUGGCUAUUAAAAAGACCAGGGCCAUGUUGGAGGAGAUUGGAGCGUUGCAGAUUGCUGGAACCAACGAAACCUUGACUCAUUUGGGUAAAUAUCUUUCGUUUGUUCCUACGGACUUGCAGCUGGGUAAGAUUUUGAUCCUUGGAUGUAUCUUUUCAUGCGUGGAAAUUUGUCUAACUCUUGCAGCUGUCAGCUCUACUGGAAGCCCUUUCAUCAACAGUAUUGAAAAGGGAGACGAAAUAAGAAGAGCAAAGGCUAGAAUUGGCAGAAACCAGGGCGACUUCAUAGCAUCUGCCUUGGCAUACCACGAGUAUGCUGACCUUCAGGGCAACGAAAAGAAAAAGUACAUUGCCGCCAACAACUUGUCCUACAUGACCUUGCAGGAUAUCCAGUCGAAUAGAACGCAGUACUUGCUGACUUUGAAAGAAAUCGGGUUCCUUCCAUUCAACUACCAGAAGGACAAGCCUGAAGGGAAGUUCUUGAACAGAAACAGCGAGAACUUCGACAUUGUGAGGGCCAUCAUCACAGGAUCCUACACUCCUCAGCUCUCAAGGGUGCAGCUUCCAGACCCUAAAUUUGCACAGACAUUAGCUGGAGCUGUCGAAAUUGACCCUGAUGCCAAAAAGACAAAAUUCUGGAUAAGAAACGAGAAGUAUAUCGAAGAAACAACUACAGGAGGAGAGGUGAAGGAGUUGCCUGCUUCGAGGGUUUUCAUUCACCCAUCGUCUGUGCUUUUCUCUAACUCAGCGACUGGUGCUGCUAUUCCUAACCUUGAGGACCUUACGCUUGAGGACGGAUCGCUUGACAUGCAAAAAGCCAGAGAGCAGUUUGAUAUGACUCCCUCAGUUCAACUGUCAAGCCGUUCGGUGCACAAAUCGCCUUUUGUCGUUUACAAUUCUUCAAACUUCACCUCCAAGCAUUACCUUAGGGAAAUUACUCCCACAAGCACAAUUACAGCGUUGCUUUUUGGUGGUGACAUUUCCUAUGACAUCAGUAGCCUGGCGUCUGCUUCCAGAAAGUGUCCUGGCAUUAUUCUUGAUCGCUGGCAACCCAUUAGAACCUGGUGUAAGAACGGUGUUUUGAUCAAACGUUUGAGGCUUCUUUUGGAUAAAGUGAUUGAUAACAAGCUCUCCAACCCCUGUUUGAGCAGCAACGGAAUGCCGAUGAGGAAAUUAUAG